AGUCCGGAAGUGGCCCUGUGCAACUCAAACAUCUUCAGAAACAUGGAUGUGCAGAGCUGGGUUGAUAUCCUAAGAUCAUCAAAAAAAACAGCUUUCAUACACGAUGAUAAAAGGAAGAUCCACUUCCUCUUCACAGAUGGAAAAGAAAUGACUGAGGAGUAUGACUUGAAAACAGAUGAGCUCAUUGUUCGAAAGUGGCGUCAUAAAAGCACACUUGGAGCUCAGGGCGAAUGGCAGGUAGAGGUUGGGGAGUCACCUGCAGGCCCUGUCACUUCUUCGGAUUCGGAGGUGAUCAAGGAGAACUGCUCCAAUCCUGUGUUCUUGCGUAAAGACACAAAGACCAGCUUUCAGUGGAGAGUUCGCAACCUUCCCUACCCCAAAGAUGUCUUUAGUGUUUUUGUGGAGCCAUCUGACAGAAGCAUUAUCAUAAAAACCUCAAACAAAAAGUAUUAUAAGAAGUUCAGUAUUACUGAUUUAGAUCGCAGUCAGCUGCCAUUGGACAACUCCGCCCUCAGCCUCACUCACGCCAACAACACUUUAAUUGUCAGCUACAAGAAACCCAAAGAGAUCUUAACCCUUGAACAGGAGCUACUGAAGGAGCUGAAGAAACUGAAGGGGACCGGCGAAGGGGAUGUUGACUGCAAAACUCAGUGAAUUUGGACUGUGGGAGCAAGAGGAUAAUACUGCGUUGUAUUUAAACAGUGCCUUUUCAAUGGUUUAUGGCGUCUCAAUUGUCUUUAUAUAUUGGGGGUUCAUUUAUUAGUGCGGUUAGUGUUUACAUUUCUCUUGCCAUUUAUAUUUGAUACAGACAUAUUCAGUGAAAUAUAUUACAUUUUUAAGUCUCACAACCUGAUUGAUACACUUUGUUGCUGAUCCAUGAGUGUUUUCCCAAAUUAAUUCUUUUAUAAUAGUAUAAAUAUUUAAUUAUUUACAUCAAAAAGUUUAAUUGUAUCACAACAGUAUUUUGCAAUUUUGAUGGGGGUCACAUAACCUACCUCCCUCCUUUCAUUGAUGUCCUUGUAAAACACUCAAAACGCACAAUGCCUCAUCCCUGUUCGUUCCAGGGUCACUGCUACGAGCACAUCCCAUUUGUGUUAACUGAAUACCCUCAUGUUCCUCGCAUGUAGCAGGCCACCCUGAAAGCCAUUACUGAAACUCUGGUCAGCGAGCAAGCUAGUGUUACUGUUUUGCUAAAACUACAUGCACACAAGUUAGAAAAAUGUGAAACGGUCGCAGGGCCUCGUUCCAAUAGGAUUUUAUAUUAUUGUCUAACAAGGACAAUUACAAAAACUGUUUUACGAUUGGAUUUUAUUUAAAUAUAUGUCAUGUCCAGGAAAAAAAGAUUUGUACAGAUCCAUGA